GGUUAGCACGCUGGGCAGGCGCAGCGCGCGCGUUGCCGUAACCGUGACGUUUUCAGCCGGGGCCUACUCUCCUCCCGCUCCUCGGCGGAGUAAUGGCCGUUGGAAGAUGGCGACUAUUGCCGAUUUGAAAGCAGUACUAAAGGACACGUUGGAAAAGAGAGGUGCACUGGGACAAAUAAAAGCAAGAAUCAGAGCUGAAGUUUUUAAUGCAUUGGAUGACCAAAGUGAACCACGGCCACCACUGUCUCAUGAAAAUCUUCUAAUCAAUGAACUAAUUCGUGAAUACUUGGAAUACAAUAAAUAUAAAUACACUGCAUCUGUUCUAACAGCAGAAUCUGGUCAACCUGAAGUACCAUUGGAUAGACAAUUUCUUGUCCAUGAGCUGAAUAUAGUGGAAGAUCCAAAUAGAAGAUCAGUCCCUCUCUUGUAUGGAAUUAUAGCUCAUUUUUUACAUGGUAGUAAAGGAGACAUCCAUGAUAUGUUUCCAAAAGGAUCUUCACUGCAGUUUCCAGGACGGAACCUCAGCAAACUACCUAAUGAAAGAAAUCGAAAGGAUUCAAUUCUAGAACCAGGGAGGAUGGCUGGCACUAGCAUUGAAGAUCCCCUAAUUUACGGGGUGUAAACAGAUGACAAUUCAGUUUUUUGUCUAUUGUUCAUUUAAACAAUGAAGACUGGAUCCUGCAAACCCUUAUUCACGUGAAUAGUUCUUGCUUACGUAAGUUGUCCCUUUGGCUUUGGUGGGACUGCUUGAAUGAGUAAAGGCUAUUCAUAAAUCAGUUUUGUAGGAUGAGGCCCACAAUAAUUUAUUGCUGGAAGAGCAAAGUUAGCUCAGGGCCUGUUCCUGCUAUGCAAGAAGGGGCCCAAAAUGUUUUCAUCUACAAAAAUAAGAAUUUUCAGGAGUAUUUAUUCUAUUCCAGCACUCGCUAUUUAACUCAAUCUUUAGUGUCAUUACUUUACACUACUUUUUCUGCACCUGUGAAAUUACUGUUACUGUAUAUGUGAAUAAAAGCUAACUUCAUUUUCUGUUU